UUGCUAACUCUAGGUGAAAGUAUUCUUGCCGUGAAAAAGAGUGAUCUAAAAGAGACCCUUCGUUUGAUUCGACACUCUUCUUCCAUCUCUGCGCAAGCAAAGAGGGACCAUACGAGACUCACACUUGAGUGCAUUUGUGAUGGCCUAGCUAGUAAUACGGACGAGUUGGAAGAAGUUUCGCGCAAUGCUCUUUUCAAACCCUUGAAAAGUACAGAGGAAACCAUAUGUGACCUGGUCAAAAAUCGUUUCCUCACAAUGGAGGAAGAAAGUGAUAAUAGCCAGAAAUCCUCUGCGUUAGCACCUACUCAACUUGGGCAAGCUACUUUGGCGUCCGCUCUACCUCCAGAUGCAGCCCUUUUCGUGUUUGCUGAUCUUCAACAAGCCACCAGAGCUGUAGCAUUGGAUACGGAACUCCAUAUGCUUUACCUGGUUACACCUACUAACUGCUCUAUCUGGCAAGGAUGCGACUGGAAUCAUCUUCACUCUAUCUUCUCAAAACUACAAAAUGAAGAGAAGAGAGUUGCGAAACUGGUGGGGGCAAGUGAUCGCUUCCUUCUCUCUCGCCUCCGAGGUACAAGCACUUCUAGCUCUGAUCGCAGCUAUCAGCUUCAUUUGCGCUUCUUCUCAGCACUGGCACUCUACGAAGUCGUUAACGAAAAACCAAUUGAUGAGGUAGCCCGACGUUUCAGAAUUAGCCGUGGAACGCUUCAGACAUUGCAACAACAAAGCGCGACCUAUGCAGCUAUGGUUGUUGCAUUUUGCUCUCGCCUGGGUUGGACCUAUCUGCAUGAUCUUCUCAAGGGCUUCGCGGCACGACUUGCAUUUGGAGUGCGGAGGGAGCUCACCGAACUCGUUUCAAUCGAAGGACUUGACGGCAGUCGGUUGGAGUUGUUGUAG